UACAUUGAGUUUCACAGGUGCUUGGCUGCUAAGGGUGAAGAAUCUAAUGAAUGUGAAAAGUUUGCAAGAUACUACCGCUCUCUCUGCCCAGGUGAAUGGAUUGAUAGGUGGAAUGAACAGAGAGAGAAUGGAACUUUCCCGGGUCCCCUGUGAUUUCUCAUUUGGAACAUUGGAGAACUGUGUCUGGCCUGGAGAGCACAUGUUGCUCCCUUUUGUCUUCUGUCUAGUUUCAAUGUUUUUCAUCGAAUCUUUUUAAUCAAUAAAGGUACAAAUGUUGAUCUGUUCUAAUUUAUUGCGUUGAGUGGUUGGCAAAGAACAUGAAUGAGACCUGAAAGUUCUCAUGUUUUAAUCUAUGACUCUGUUUUCAAGUCGCUUGGCUAAAAUCUACGUUUACCAUAUGUGACAUUGUUUUCUUAGUUUCGUUAUAGGAGCCACUUUUUAUGUCUGUCUUGGUGUUUCACUGCUGCUAAAUGUCCGCCUUUUGGAUGCUUGCAGGGAUGUGAACCACCAGUUAAACACUUGUACAAUCUUUAUUUGAGAAGCUACAAAAUUGUAGCUUUAACUUCUAUAAAAACAUGAAUAACGC